CGUCAGGCAAGAGUCAAAAGUGGAGGACCACCGGCUACCGGCGAAGACACGCGCCGCAACCAGGCUGCAAUCACCAUGGCUUCUCUGGCUUCUGAUGUUGUCGACGUUCUUCACCCCCUCAUUGUACCGCAAUACUACCCUAUCUUGAAGCAAGACCCAUACAAACCUCAAUAUGGCCACCAUACCGCCCCCGUACUCCUCACGCGACCAUGCACAGGUACAACCAGGCCCUCAAUCUAUAACCACCUCGCCGACACAAGAGUUCUCCGAAAGCACAGCUGUCACCCUUGAAUGGACAAUCACCGGAGCUAAAGCCAUGUACGAGGCCACCCGAGGUGAACAGAAGUCCAAAUGCGUCAAGUCGGCCGUUUUCGGAGAUGUAGACAACUGCUGGGAGCUGUUGUUCUACGCCAACAGUGGCCAGUCGGCUCAGGCAGGCGACCAUGUCAGCCUAUACCUUUCUUGUGUGCCCACCCCACAAGAGAGAGGCUCCAAGCUGGCGCAUCAAUGGCAUCGCAAGGGACUGUGGUGGUUCAAGUUUGAGAUUCGCUCUGGGCACCCCAAGCCGGAAACGAUUGUCACUAAAGAAGCCUCGGAUCACACCUUCGCCGUCAAGAUCGCUAACUGGGGGUGGGUAAGCUAUCUUAAGCGCGAUGCUCUUUUCCUUCAUCCUCAAGUGCUCGCCUCGGAUACUUUCCAGAUUCUCUGCACAAUCCGUGCACAGCCACAGCCUCCAGCCGGAUUCUGGCUCGGUGUCGGGCUUCAACCUAGCUCACCGGUAAAGGCUGACGGUAGGGGUGGAGGGAGCGGCGGGGGGUUGAGUCAGUGGGCUAGUCAGUCUGGUUGUGCUGGGGUUGCGGGAGGCACCACUGCUGGAGGCGGUUCGAGAAGAGUCGUUCCUAAAGAGCUGGUAAUGGGGCUGGGAAGUAUGUUGGAUGAUCCCUUAUACUCUGAUGUCGAGUUCAUCAUACCGUCACGCGAUGGUCCUCCCAAGAAUAUUUAUGCCAUCAAAAAGCUGCUCUGCAGAUACGAUUAUUUUGAAGCGCUACUCAAUGGCGGGUUCGGAGAAGACGAGGGACUUGUAGAUGAGGAAAUCGUCGGCGAUGAUGAUUUGGACAUGCUGUCCGACUCGGACAUAGGUGACGAACACGACCCGUAUGGCGACGAGGAGCCAGAAGACGAGGAAGCGUUGUCUCCCCAUCUUAACCCCACGACCGCUAGUCAGAGAAGCUCAUCGCCACCUCAGCCUGCUCAUAAUCAAUCGACAUCUUCUGAUGUCGUCAAUUGCCAGGAAAAGGUGGACGAUUUGAAAGAUACCAUGGCGACUAUUCCAGGCGGGCUGGGACAGUCUUUGAAAGACCACAAGUUGCAAGACGACUUGCAGGAAGACGAGCACAGGGAGGAGAAUCAAGCGGUCAGAAGUAAAUCUCUGCCGAAGGCAGACGUAGCCGGACCGAAGAAAACCAAAGUUAUCAUCAGAGAUGCUGCCUGGACUACAUGGUGGGCUUUGUUGUAUUGGAUUUACACCGACAUUAUCUAUUUUGCUCCUCUCACCUCAACUUUUGAGAAUAGCCACAAAUCUUGUACUCCAACAUCGGCCACUACCACGACCGACGAGCCGACCAAUCGGCUCGAGUGGUUACGUCGCUGGAUGGCAGACCAUGACAUCGAUCCUCCUCCGUCACCAUCGUCUACUUUCGGCGAACCAUCCUAUGAGCUUCACGUGGGACCUCGGCCUGUCAGCGCCAAGUCAAUCUACCGUCUUGCUGACAAGCUGGAUAUAUUGCCGCUCAAGCUGCGAGCAUAUCAUCACAUCUGUUCCCAGUUGACAGCCAACAAUGUACCGGCGGAAGUGUUCAGUAGAUUCUCAGCGACAUUUGAAGACGUCAGAAAGGUGCAAGUGGAGUGCUUUUUGGCCAACUGGGGCGAAAUCAAGAAGAGUGAUGUGAUGAUGGACAUCUGGAAGAAUAUCAGACUUGGAAAGCAUGUGGGGUUUGAAGAUGGUGAGGUGACUGAUACAACAAGGAGCGCUGUGCUGAUGGCGUCCAUACAGUGUGGCCUCUUAUUGUCAAGCAACUCGACUUCAAGCCCUCAUAGCGGCUCCAUGUCACUCCACUGCGUUGAUUCUGAGGACAUCUCUGUCGCGCAAGAAACCGCCGUUCAAAUAAUGGGAGGUACAGUUAUCUUGUACAUUGGUAUCGGCAUAUGUGUCAUGUAGCUUCUGUUAUGAAUUGAAUCAUCGGAAGUCUAUCGUCGCCUGACUAUGCACCGUUGUCAUAUUUUGCAUGCAGACCCCAUAGGGCGAGAG